AUGGCCCCCAAGAGACUAAGAGAACAAUCAAUGGAGGAAUUGAUUCCCGCAUCUCCUGUGAGAGCUAAAAAGAGUAGGUCACAAGCACGAUCAUCUCAACUACAUGGAUCAAUUUCGAGUCAGCCUCAACUUGUUGCAUCUAGGCGGCCUCAACCUACCACAUCGAAUCAAUCUCAACGACAAGCACCAUCUAUGUCUGUUCAAUCUCAACAACAAGCAUCAACUGUGAGACUGACACAGUCUCAAGAGACACAACAAUGUCACCCCAAUUUGUCUACUCCUAGUCAUGAGGACGAGCCUUUGAUAACGCCAUCAGAUGAAACAGGUGAAAUUGAGCCUACCAUGAACGGUCGGGGUGCUGCUUGUUCUAUUGCUGAAUGGGGGACUGGAACAAAAUUGCACAUUGAUUUUGAUACUAAAUGGAAAUGGAAGCCAAUAAAAGAAAAUGCACAAAAAUUUAGUACACAACUGGGAGUUAUAGCACGAAAUGCCCGAAAGGUCCCUUUGACAAAAGUUUCAUGGAGUGGUAUGCCUGAUCAUAUAUUAGAUGACAUUUGGAAAGAUGUGCAGGAUAACACGGAUGUCCCUGACGCAUAUAGACCCCAUUGCUUAAAGAUUGUUGGUAACAGAUGGAGAGAUUGGAAAUGUCGGCUUAAGAAAGAAUGGUAUGACAAAUAUGAGACCAAUGAAGAGCGUUUAGCCAUCACUCCUCCUCAAGUCCCUACAGACCAAUGGAAGAUACUUGUAAAGUAUUGGGGUCUGCCUGAUGUUAAGGAAUGUUCUGAAGCAAAUAAGGCUAAUCGUGCACUAGGAAGUGCCCCUCAUAGGACCGGUCGUACUUCUUUUGCUCAAGUGAAAAAUCAGAUGGAAGAGAAAGGAGAGAAAACAGAUCGGUUGAGCUUGUUUAUGCAGACGCGAAAAAAGAAAAAAAAGAAUGACGAUGAGGAAGUUUUUGACUAUGAGAGUGCAAAUAUUAUUAAUCAAUUCAAUCAAUACUUGGAAGAAAGGGAGGAGCAUGAACAAGACGAGGAUUAUAGAGAAGAGGUGUUUUCUAAAGUUAUGGGACCUGAUGGACAUGGACGUGUUCGUAUGUAUGGGACAGGUAUUACUCCAUCUCAAGUGUUUGGUCAAAGUUCAAGAGUUCCUGAUAUUAAUGAGAAUAGCAUACGAGAGGAGCUAGAGAGACAAUACCAAUCCCAAAUAGAUGAUCUUAAAUCUCAUUAUGAAUCUAAACUUGGAGAUCUCCAAUCCAAGUAUGAGGAUCUGAGUUCGCAAAUCCAUCUCAUGAAAGCUCAUGUUGGUUUCCAAGCUAACCCAACUGAAAGUGGAAGUGAACAGAUUCCAGAUGCAUCAAGCCUGCACCAACGAAGACUUAGUGUGAGUAGUGAACAACAGCAUCAAUUUGACCCAGAAGCAUAAAAGCAUGAAGCAAUUGUUUUCAUUAAAGGUUCGGGUGAAGGAUCAAAGACAAUCAUAAUUCUCUUAGUAUAAUCUUGUGAACUUUGUUUGGACUUUUGAAACCAAAAAUGUGUUUAUUCACUUUAGAGACAAUGU